AAAAAAAAGUUUAAUUUUGACUGGUACUUGACAUGCCUUAUUUUUACCUCACCAAAGUGAAGGUGAUGUUUAUUAAGCAUUUCCUAUUUUUGUAUUUCUGCAGUUGGAGAACUUCAUACAGAAGAGUAUAAGGCGAGAUGCUGCUAACAUACAGUCGCAUGUUGUUAACAACCAAACAGCCACAAUGUUGGAGAUCGGAACGAACCUCCUCUCACAGACAGCAGAGCAGACACGCAAACUCACUGUGGUGGAAGCCAAGGUGCUGAAUCAAACAUCUAGGAUAGAGAUCCAGCUUCUGGAGAAUUCACUGUCCACCAAUAAACUGGAAAAGGAGCUCUUACUCCAGACCACUGAGAUAAGGCAGCUGCGAGAUAAGAACAGCCGUUUGGAGAGCAAAGUUCAGUUGUUGGAGUCUCAGCAGAGAGGAGAGCUGGAGGACAUGAGACUGGAGAAGAACCGGCUGCAGUCUGUUAUCAGGACUCAGAUGGUGGCCAUAGAGUCUUUAGAGAGGCAGCUGAGAGUUGCCACUAGCAACAACACGGCUCUACAGAAGCAGCAGGCUCAGCUGAUGGAGUCAGUCCACACACUCAUCGACAUGGUGGCCACGACUACCGGGUCUCCUCCUCGGAGCCAGAUGUGGAAGGACUGUGCAGAUGCUUACAAGGCUGGUCAUUCUGCCAGUGGUCUGUAUCUCAUCUACAUUGGUAACAGGACAGAGCCUGUGCAGGUUUACUGUGACAUGGAGACGAGUGGCGGCGGCUGGACGGUCUUCCAGCGCCGUUUUAACGGCAGUGUGGAUUUUCAGAGGAGCUGGAGGGAGUACAAAAUGGGUUUUGGGGAUCUGUCGGGGGAGCACUGGCUGGGUAAUGAAGUUUUGUACCUGCUGACCAGUCAGGGUCAAUACUCUCUCAGAGUGGAGCUGCAGGACUGGGAGAGAAUCUCUGCGCACUCCCAGUAUGACCGGUUUACAAUGGCCAGUGAAAGACAGCAGUACAGAUUGUAUUUGAGAGGUUACAGUGGUACAGCAGGAAGGCAGAGCAGCCUGAUCACCCACGGCGCCGGCUUCAGCACCCGAGAUCACGACAACGACAACUGCGACCACUGCAAAUGUGCCUUGAUGCUCACUGGAGGUUGGUGGUUUGAUGCCUGUGGCUUCUCCAACCUUAAUGGGAUCUACUACACAGUUGGCCACAACAUCAGGAAGCUCAACGGCAUUAAGUGGCACCACUUCAGAGGCCCAAGCUACUCCCUGCGUUCCACCUCAAUGAUGGUCCGACCCUACGACUUCUGAGAAGACCCCUCCACAUCCAAGACUCCCGAUGUUUGGCAACAAGCAUAUGUCUAGAUUCUACAAAAAAAUUACAAAACAACUUUUCUUAUAAUGUUUAACUUGCAGCAAAGCAUCUCAGCUUCUGCCUCACGGUGCAAACCUGGUGCCUCCUGGGGAUCUGAUAAAGUACGGUUCAUGACCAACGACUGAUCCACCAUAAAAGCUCUGCAGCCGAAGCUUUCAACUCACAAGCUCUAGAGUCUAGACCGAUGAGAGAUAAAAACGUGACCAUGUCAAGAUCAUGUCAAUUUAUUUAAGAUCUUGUUUUAGAUGUUAUAAGAGCAGGGCAUGUUUGUAUGUUGUUUUGAAGCAACAAAGACAUGAACUGUGAUAAAUAAGAUAUUUAGUGAUAAGAGAAAAAAACAGUAUCAGUCUUUUACAUCUGACACCAGUAAGACAAGUUGGACUGUUUGUUGAAUUUCAGAUUUAGAAAGAGAUUUUCAGUGUCCAUGUACUAAAGUUAACCAUUUGUGAAAGGUUUGGGGAAGACAGGAUAGCAUCUUUCAGGAUCUUGCUUCUUUGUUUCAUGGUUUCUGAGCAACACUUUAUAUAGAAACUAUGUACCUCAUUAAUUUGAUCAAAAUUCUUCCUUAGUCUCUAAUGAAUCCAGAGACAGCAUGUACCUUGUAAAUUAUGAGCUUUUAAAGUUAUUGAAGAGCGUGGCUGCUAAUUUAUCUACCGUCUGGGGUCAGUCAGUUGAGUUUUUAAGAGAAGCCAAUUAAAGCAUCACUGCAACAAUGAUGGUUAAAAGAGAAGGUGUAAAAUGUGGUCUGAAUCUUUUUUUAAGAGGUUGGGACAAUGUCUUUUCAGUGAUGAAAAAUGUUAUCAAUUUCUUGUGUAUGUGUCAAAAUGCCAUGAGAACUGUUUGUAACAGAGAAUGUGGUACAACAUCGUUUGUUAUCUACAAAUGCAUAUAAAAAAAAUUGAAUAUCAUCAAAAGUUAAUUUAUUUGUGUAAGUUAAUUCAAAAAGUAAAACUU